AAGACAUGUACUGGUUUGUGCAGACUUUCGUAUUUGGCGAAAUGAACAUAGGCGUUCAAAUGGCUCAUCACACAAUUUUCAUCGUUGCAGUGCUGCUUUGUUGUGUCUGUUUGACAGUUUCAUCAAAUGGGAAAGUAUCCGUCAUUGAUCUACCUUACGUUUCCGGAGAAUGGUAUUGGAAACUGCGUUUCUUUUAUCCAGUCAGUGAAAGCGUGGAUGGAAAUGUUGGUGAACUACAGAACUAUACGUUUAUUCCGAAGACAACCUCAUCUAAUGUACAUACAAAUGAAACUAUAAAAUCAGAUAACCAACUAAUUAGUAUUAAUUUGGUUAUGUCCACAGAAGGUUCCAAACUACAGAAAUGUGUUUUGUUGUUAACAGUAGAGCAGGAUGAGGAAUACUUUGCAUGGACAAAUAUGACAUUAAUAUAUCAGUUCGCUGAGCCUUUAUCCACUUUAUCACAAUCUGAAUUACCUACUUCUGAAGCCAAAAUUUCCACUUCGUCUGAUCAAAAAUUUUUAACUCGUACUGAUGAAGUGUAUGUGUGUGAUACAGAAAUACCAAUUAAAUUUGGUCACAAUGUUGAGAUUGUCUUUGAUUCAAUGACAUUUCAAGCAUUUAAAGCCGAAGAAACAAUUAGACCAGAUCGCUUACGAGAAGUUUGUCCACGUGACUUCAAGAGUAAUAUACCAAUUACAGCGUUGACUGGAGUUUCAUUGCUUGUUGUGGUAGUACUUAUUGUUUCAGUAUUUGGAAUAAAUGCUUAUUUGGCUCAUCGUAAACGGAAGCAGCACUAAACGAAUUUGUUUUAUUUAUUGUACAUGAGUAACUAAUCUAAGUAAAUAUAGGCUUAUUGUAUCAUCUACAGAAUCCUUAUCAGGUUCACUGCUUUUCAAACAUUGAACUUUUAUGCACGUUGUUAACACUUAUUCUGUCGAGCAUCACUGUUGUUAAUAAAUUUAUUGUAUGCAAUGCUCUUUAUUUGUGAUUAGCAGUUUUAGUUCUUAAUUUAAAAAAAAAAAUUAAUUAUAUAUUCAUUAUUUGUUAAUUUUUCAUGCUUUGGUGCAUGUACAUGAUCUUCAAUAUUUAUUGCACAUUAAUUUGUUGUAACAGAAGUGAAAUAUCUUUAGUGUUCCCUUAUUUUUACUCUCUCUUCAUAUAUAUAUAUGUGUAUAAUUUAAAAAUAAAAGAUAUGAGAUGAAGUAAAUGAAUGACUAUGAAGAGAAUAAAAUAUUUUUAUAGAUUAAUACUUUUGAUUUUUUUAUUUAUUUUGUUCAACUACGAAAAAUCAAACUUCUGUCAAGUUUCAUAUUUAUAUCCAUGUGAAUUAUUAUUGUUAAAGUUGUUAGUAUCUAUGUGAUUGUAAAGUUGUAAUAAACUUGUUAAACUAAUUAUAUUACAGUAAUAUUAUUUAUGAAAAUAAUAAUUCAAUAAAUAUUCGAUUUUUUUUAAAAAAAAAGUUGUAUAGUCUACUAAAUGUUCAGUGGUUGUGCUUCGAAUUGCUAUCAAAGAGCAUUGUAUUACACUGGCCAAUAUAAACUAACAUUUAUAGACCUUUAAACGAAUGCACAUAAAUAUUAUUGUUUUUUCUUUGACAAUUUUGUCAGUGUUAGUAUUCUUUUUUGUUAUUUUUGCUUAUCAAUGAUUACAGAAUGAUAAUUAAUCGUUAUCAA